GCCCCGCCCCUCCACCCCCUCCCUCGCAGCCGGGUUAAAUAGCAGCCCCAAAGGCAGGCAGUCCACUCUGCUCCAGGCUCCUCCAGCUUCCCGCAGCUGUCUCCAAGCCCAGGCUCCCUAAACCUCCUGGAAAUGGGUCUGUCUGGCCUCUGUGUGGCCUUGCCCCUUCUGCUCCUGGCCUCCGCCAGGCUGUCCGUGAAGGCCUGCAGCUGCGGCCCUCGGCAUCCCCAGGAGGCCUUCUGUAGGGCAGACAUGGUGGUCACAGUCAAACUCGCCUCGGCUCCCCAGCUCAACACCGCCCUCCUUCAGCGGCAGUAUAAGAUCGAGGUUGUCAAGAAAUUCAAAGGCUUCGAGGCCCCGGGAGCCGUGGACCCGAAGCUCCUGAGCACCCCGGCCCAGGAGAGCCUCUGCGGUUACCCGCCCGAGGCGCUGCACGCGGGCCAUGAGUACUUGGUUGCAGCACGCCUACAGGAGGGCCAGCUGUACGUCACCAGCUGCAGCUUCGUGAAGCCCUGGAGCAGCCUGAGCCCAGCCCAGCAACUGGGCUUCGACCGGGCCUAUGCCACCGGCUGCGGCUGCCAUGUCCAGCCCUGCCUGAGUGUCCCGUGCAAGGUGGAGGGGGACUCGAAGUGCCUGUGGACAGACUCCCUGAUGUCCUCGGAGGAGGGCUCCCAGAGCCUCCACCUAGCCUGCCUGCCCCGCAAGAACGGCCUGUGCUCCUGGAAAUCCCUGAACGCCGAGGCACUGCAGCCCAGAACCUGAGCUGGCCUCCAGUCACACACACUCCCCCCCUACCCCUGCCUCCUUCUCAGAAAUCGAGGCCAGUAAAAUACAGCGAAACCAAA